AAAUAGUUGUCAAGUCACAUACAUAAAGAAACACCUUUACUUAAUCUUGAACUUCCCUUAGCUUGUAAAUAAAGAACAACGUGUUUCUUCAAUUCAACACUAAUUGUUUUCAUUCUACACAAAAUGGAUUGGCAGAAAAAAUCCAAAGAGUUCUUCUUCAACUAUAUUGCUAUCUACACCCCUACAAGGAUUUUCCACCUCCUCACCAUCACAAUCCUCACCCUUCUCCUCCCUCUAUCUUUUCUUCUCUUAGCUAGUCUCUCUGGUGCAAAAUUCUACCUUCAAAUUCAUUCACAACAACCCUUACCUUAUCUUUUCUCUUUUGCUAUACACACCUCCCCAUGUAUUCUCUACGUUCUUGUCUCCAUUGUAAGUGUAGCUACUUUGAUCAAUGGUUUGAUGGGAAAAAUCAACCUUAUGAAUGAUUCAUCCAAUUCUAUUCUUCUCCAAACUCGUCUUUACAUGUCAUGGAAAUGGAUUCUUCUUUUCACUUUUCAAAUAUGUGUUGGUUUAGGAAUUGAAGCAAGCAUUGCAGCUGGAGUUUUCGACUCCGACAACGAUGUUUUUGAUGAUGGUUCUAGUAGUUUUGGUGUUGAAAGAAGCUUCAUAAGUAGAAUGAUAUUUCUUUUGGGACUACAUGAAACAACACAAAUUUGGUCAAGAGUUGUUGUGAGACCAGUGGUUGAUGACACUAUAUUUGGUGUUGGAAAAACAGAAAGAUUAUGGAUUGAGAAAGUGGUUGUGGCAGGUAGUUUAGGAACAUUGUGGUGGUGGAAGUUGAGAGAGGAAGUUGAGAAUUUAGGUGUUAUGGCUGAAACAAAGAAAGAUGAAAUGAUGGAGGUGGGAAUAGAAGAAUUUGUUGGUUGGUGGUUGUAUUAUUUAACUGUUACAAUUGGUAUGGUGAGGAUUGUGAAAGGUCUUAUGUGGAUUUUCAUGAUUUCUCUAUGUAGAAGAAGGGUAACACAGAUUAAUGAGGUGGAAUUGGAACUGAGUCAGAAUGAUGACAAGGUGUAAAUUUGACAAGUUUUGGUUUUGGUUCUUUACUUGUUUCUUACUCUAUCUUUUUUUUGUCAUUUUAUUCUAUGGUUAGGGAUAUUGCAAUAUUGUAUACUUUUGGCAGAAUUGUGAUAAACCCGUGGCCAAUAUUGUAAUGAUGAUGUAUUAUUGCUCAACUUGUUGAUAAUCACUUCUUUAAUAAGGCUUAUUGAUCUUCUUUUUUAUUUCAAGGAAAGACAAAAUGGGCUUGUUGA